UAGGGUAUGGGGACUGCACUGGAGGUUACUGAACUUUCACAGGUUCUUCCUUUUUAUUAUUGGAAUGAACCUAAAGACCAGUAACUUGACAUAUAUCAGAAUUUAAUGCUCUAACGCCUCUUGCCUAGCAACCAUCCUCUCGGAAAUAGUCCAUAAAAGACACUUGUCAAAACUACUGUAGUCUGAUAAGGACCAAGCCUCAACAUACCUCUGAGUUUCUCCCAUGUCCUGACUGCUGUGUAAGAUACGAGCUGUGAGGUUACUAAGAUGAUAUACAGCACAGUUUGUUUACAGCACGAGGGGAGUGUUCACUCAUGACAGACACCUUUAAAUACCGAGCCAAUCUCCAGAUCUUUCUGCGACAACGCCCUCAGGUGAAAAGCCUUUCUUCUCAGCCGCUCGUGCUGCUCCUCACAACCAGGUGUGUGGUUUGCAACGGUACCGAACAGGUUCAUAAUUACUACUAUCAACAAUUGCCUCAACAUAAAAGGUAUUCUGAAGCUUGCACUCUGGUAACAAUGCCAAUGAAACUGACUGUCGUCUGCUGUACCCUAACCCUUGUUUAUCACAUGACCUUAAGUACAUCAGCUGCCGUGGUUCCGGGCAGCUCAGAUGUGAAAGCAACUUCAAAUAUCACUGACUCCAGCUCUCCAUCAUCCUUGGACAUCUACGCUAUACCGAAUCGUCCAAAGAAAGAAUGCACCGACCAUGGUGACUGCUACUGUACCACAGGCGUGUCCUUUUGCUACAAUGGGGAAUGUUUUUGUGUUUGGACCAACAAAGUGUUGUCAACAUCCGAUCUCAACGACACGGUGAUUGCAAGUUUCUUGGACAACAAUGCAAAUCAGCAGCCGCCUCGGCAAUGAGGCAGUGAACUCUGCUCAUCGAAAAACGUGUACGUCACACACCUAACGGUCUCAUUCACAGAAAAAAAACAUGAAUGCCGAUGAAGUUCGUUAUGGUUUCAAUUCUCUCCGCUGCCCACACAGCAAGUGUUGCAUCAAAUAUCUUCAGACGACUGGGACCUAGGGAAAGCUGUAAUCAUUCAACAGCAAAUUUCUUUUUUUUUUUUUAAUUUUAGCAAAGAAACAGCCUGGAAUGUUCCAAAUGUACUUGGUUAUUGUACUAUCAAGUAAAGACUUUGUCUUAUUUGUUUGACAUAAGUGCUUACUUUCUUUUUAAUAUAUAAAUAUUCUUAAAAAUCAUUCUCACUCUUUCAAAUGUUUUAAUAUGUUUAAUAAUAUAUUUACAUAAUAUUGAAGCUAAAUAUUUAAAAAAAAUCGUUGACUUCACAAUAUUGCUGGAUGUUGUGACGAUCUGUGCACUAGAUAACGACGGAAAGCUGUGGGCUCGAAUUUUUGUUAAAGGUUGUGAAGGCAUUAAAGAUCUACCUAAGGUU